AUCAACAGCUCGUAUGCUCUCAACCCACCGCUCUCAAGUGUUGAAGUGAAACCGGGUCUUCACCAUUCUUUCCCUUAGCAAAAUUCACUUGAAACGAUUGACCGAAUCCUCACGUAAAAACCAGCAACGGAAUGCCUUGGCCUCCCCGAUUCUGUGUGGGUGGUCGCUCCCAUUUUGGACGAGGUCGGAAUGUGCGUAUACCACGUGGAGGACGACGAAAUGGGCGAGGCGGAAGGGGAAAUGGUGGAGUCGGAGAGGAGUCUGCUCUGCAACCUGGCUCAAGUACGCAUCCCACAGUAUCGCGCCGGGGCCCGAGACCGGGCCCACAACGGCCGAAGAGGCACUAUCUAGGGGAUAUCGCUUGCUCGAUUGUAGGGAUUCGCUACUAUUCGGGGAUUUGUCGGGACUGCGAAAUAGUUCGACUCGUGAGGGAGCCCACCAAUCAAUACGAUUCUAAUGCCAUCAAAGUCUGCAAUCUUGGAGGAAACCAGAUUGGUCACUUAAAACGAGAACAUGCCAAAGCCUUGACGCCCUUGAUUGACGGGGAAUUUGUUGAAACCAAAGGAUUCGUUCGUCAAGGCUCUGGCAACAGUUACACGAUUCCGGUUCUUGUUACUCUCUAUGGCCUUCUGGAGAACCGAGAACAUAUCCAAGGCGUUCUUGUACGAAACGGCUUGGAAUUGGAUCGCCGUCAUGCGACGAAUGGGCCGGCAAAGUUCGGAAUUUCUGCCGGCGCAUUACCAAAAGAAAUCGACAAGAGCCUUCAAAGAUCUCUGUUCCAACAAGUGAAUGGAGAUUUGAUGGAGGCCUGUGAGGCAAUAGCAUCUACUCUGUACCCUUAUCAAAUGGUAGCGUUGAAAUGGAUGAUGGACCACGAAAAUGGCGACUACCUAGCUCCUUUUUGGACAGAGACUGGAGACUCUGCACUUUCUGCUCAUCAAAUCGUGUACACCAACACGUUGAAUGGAGCCCGACAGAAUACCAAGCCUCCAAGCCCGCAUGGUGGCAUUCUAGCUGAUGACAUGGGAUUGGGCAAGACACUGACUAUGAUUUCACUCAUUUUCACCAACUUCCACGACAAGAAGCCUUUGGCCAAACCUGACCCUUUAUUCAUUCGAGACCUGGAAAGUCAGAGGUCAGUGGCCAAAUUCUUAAAACAUGCCCCAGUUGCCGGGUUUGAUGUUACCCAAGGGGAAGAGGAAUUAGACGCUCCAAUUGUUGACACUCACUUGAGUAAUAACAGGGACUCACUGAACGUUGAAGAAGCUAUGAAGCUUCAUUUUCAUCAACCUGACCAACACUCCAAUUUGAACUUUGAGGGUAACAACUCGGAGACUGACCCAAUUUUGGCUGAAUCCCGACAGACAAUGCCUUCAUGCUCCAAAGAUAUUCCCACCCAAGAAAUGGAUCUCGAAACGAGCAAAACUGCAGACGAUUCCACACAUCAUUUGACCAGUGGCACGCCUUUGUUUUCAACCUCUCCUCAACUCCAAGAGAUGGUGCAAACUGAGACCACUGUCGAAGCCGGUGAGACAACUGUAGAAGGUCCUAUCGCUAAACAAAUCAGUUGUAUUUGUAAGAAAGGUAAUCUUAGAGGUUUUUUGGUGCCUUGUUCCACAUGUGGCGUGUAUUUGCAUGGUCGAUGCAUCCAGAUUAACAAACGGAAAUUCUCAGAAAUGGCAGAAUAUAAUUGUCAAUCGUGCAUAUAUAACAAACAAGAACUUAAGGCUAUGUUAAUGAAUCCAGCAGAGUGUGACAACCAAAUUUCUGCGUGCACCAAUUUUACGGAACCUUUACCCAAAGUUGCGAGAACAAACGAAAUCUCCCUUGGACACUUGGUAGACCAAGAGGUUCAGGAAGACCGUCACUCUCCCCAAGAUCAUAAUUACUCUGCUGAAUCGGAGAUUCGCACUCCCUCUGCAUCCUUUGCUCCGACAGAAAACGUUCCCAGAACAUCUGAUGGCAAGAUUUUGCAAGGCAACCCUCAGAAAGUUGGUGAGAACGUCACCGCUAACGGCCCGAGUAAUUCAUCGGGAAGAUCUAAUUUGGAAAUGUCUCAAUACCCAAAAUUAAGUCCUGAGAAGACAAAGGACAAUCUGAACAAAAACAAUGCUGGAUAUCCAACAAGCCGAUGGACUAUCAUUCCACCCAAGACGGUGGGGGAGGCCAAGGGUAGACCAAGGCCGACUCUAAUCAUUUGUCCUAUGGGGCUCAUUUCGCAUUGGAUCACUCAGAUUGAUUCUCACGUCCGUCCAUCUGUUCCUAUUAAGAUGUUUGUCGAUUAUGGUUCAACUCGAGCGAGGGACGGUCACGAAUUAAAAGAGCAAGACAUUGUAAUCACUACGUAUGGAACCCUCGCAAGUCAUGGAAAUACUGAAUCUCCCGUGUUCUUAAUUCAAUGGCUUCGGGUGAUUUUGGAUGAAGGGCACAUCGUAAAGAACAUUAAAACUCGAACUGCCAAAGCAGUUUUGAGACUGAAGUGCGACCGAAAAUGGAUCAUUACAGGCACCCCGAUUCAAAACAACUUGGAAGAGCUCUAUCCUUUAAUUGAAUGGCUAGAUGUAAAGCCAUUGAGUAAUGGCAAAAAAAAUUACCAAAGCCUCAUUAUCCAUCCAUUUCAGUAUGAACACAACGAUGGCAUCAAUCGUCUACAAUGCCUUUUAUCUUCCAUUUGUAUUCGACGACAGAAGACGGACUUGUUUGAUGGAAAACCUUUGGUUGAGCUCCCCAGCAAGAACAUUCUUGUUCGUCAAGUCUUGUUCAGUGACGAUGAGCAACAACAAUACGACAGUCUCAAGGAAAAAGGCUUAAUGCUUUUGAGAUUUAUGGGAUUGGACGAGGGUGAUAAUCCAUUGAGAAGAUAUGCUCACAUCUUCGCUUUGGUGGUAAGGCUUCGACAGUACUGUUGUCACCCCCAUUUGCUACCCAUCAAAAUUUGGAACGAUCUCCAAGGGGUCAUCGAUGAAGAUCAAAGUGUUUUUGGCGACGCAUUGAAUUCCGUGCAGCAAGAUAAAUUAAAGGAACUCUGGAGGAAUGUGAUGAGCGAGAGCAUGGAUGAAGAAUGUGUCAUCUGUAUGGAAUCUCUGGUGAGCAAGACCCCAAUGGUGACCCAAUGCAAACACGUUUUUUGCAGGGCCUGCAUCAUCAGCGUGUUGGGAGACAAAGACCAUGAACGCUGUCCAUUGUGCCGUGCCGUGAUUUCCAAAGCAACCAUUACCGAAAUCCGAGAAGAAGAGGUGGAGGAGGAGGAGGCCAAAGAAACUUCUGACAAAGAAACUAUUUUGGAGUCUUCCAAAUUGAAAGCGGUUUGUCUAGAACUCGACCGAAUCAAAAAAUACUGUCCGAAUGACAAAAUUGUCGUGGUAUCACAAUUCGCCAAGUUUCUUAAUGUCAUUGAGCCCCUCCUUAAGCCCAAGGGGUUUUGCUCUGUGCGUUAUGAUGGAACCAUGGCCAGCGUGAAAAGGGCCAAAGCCUUGAACACAUUCAAUGAGGGCGCCGCCAACGUCCUGCUUUUAAGUAUGAAAGCUGGAGGUGUAGGACUCAACCUUGUGGCCGGUAAUCAUCUCUUGUACCUCGACCCUGCGUGGAAUCCAGCCUUGGAAGAACAAUGCUUCAACCGUGUUCAUCGUCUCGGGCAAACGAAAGAAGUGUUUAUUUACAAAUUCAUCGUUCAAAACUCCAUCGAAGAACGAAUUGUCUGUUUGCAAGAUAAGAAGAAGGCCUUGGUGGUGAGAGCUUUUGGUGGGGACAAAUCCAAUCAAAGCGUUUUUCGAAAGCAACGACUUCAGGAUCUACAGGAAUUGAUCGGGUUUAAUUGAUACGGUUCUGUCUGAUCUGAUCACGACCUAAGAAAUUAAUGUCAACUUUGAGCAGCUACUCAAUUGAGCUCGAAUUGGGUGUGGUACCAUUUUCAUGAUGAUUCCAAUUUCGAAAUAAAAAAGUCAAUGCCAUUA